UUGGAAUCGCCCCCUUUUCGUUUUUCUGCAUUUCCUUUUUCAGAGAUGGAGGACAGCCCUGAUCCGGAACAGAGCAAUCACCGCUAUUACCAUCCGCUUCCUGCUUCGGAUUUUUACGCUGCAAAAACUGAUCUGAAAUAUGAGAGAAAAGGAGAACGAUCAUCAUGGGUGGAAGAAGACGAUGUUGCAGUUGGAUCCCAAAAAGACAAGCCUCGUCUCAAUAAAUACGCACUUGCUAGUGCUAUAUUGGCUUCCACAAACUCCAUUCUCUUGGGAUAUGAUAUUGGGGUGAUGAGUGGUGCUGUGUUGUUCAUAAAGGAGAAUCUGAGAAUUACAUCAACACAAGUAGAAAUCCUAGUGGGUUGCCUGAACGUAUGUUCAUUGAUCGGAUCUCUGGCUUCUGGCAAAACCUCUGAUUCAAUAGGGAGGCGUUACACCAUAAUCCUAGCAGCAUCAACAUUUCUAAUAGGUUCACUUCUGAUGGGGCUAGCACCUUCGUUCACAUUCCUCAUGGCAGGACGCGUGGUUGCAGGAAUUGGGGUUGGAUACUCCCUCAUGAUCGCUCCAGUGUACGUAGCCGAGCUCUCACCUUCUUUAUCUCGAGGGUUCCUCACUUCCCUCCCAGAAGUCUUCGUCAGUAUUGGAAUUCUUCUGGGUUACAUCUCCAACUACGCUCUCUCAGGUCUCUCUCAUGAAAUAAACUGGAGACUGAUGCUUGGUCUGGCGGCCCUGCCUGCAAUUGCAGUUAUAUUUGGUGUUCUUGCAAUGCCGGAGUCGCCUCGCUGGCUGGUCAUGAAGGGAAGGUUUCAGGAAGCCAGGGAUAUUUUGGUAAGAACGUCAGAGACAAAAGGAGAGGCUGAGAUGAGACUUGCGGAGAUAUCAGAAGCUGCAAAUGCAAAUAUUUUAGGGAGAAGUCAUGGACAAGGGGUUUGGAAAGCCAUGUUUGUAAGACCUUCUCGAGCUGUCUUGCGAGUUCUGGUUGCUGCCAUUGGAGUCAACUUCUUCAUGCAGGCUUCUGGGAAUGAUGCUGUGGUUUAUUAUAGUCCACAAGUCUUCAGGGAAGCUGGGAUUCACUCUGAGAAGCAGCUUGUUGGUGUUACCAUUGUCAUGGGAAUCGCCAAGACUUGUUUUGCUUUGGUGUCUGCCCUGUUCUUGGACCGGGUUGGCAGGAGGCCGAUGUUGUUAUUGGGUUCAUUUGGCAUGGCAGUCUCACUGUUUGGGCUGGGCUUGGGCUCUAAAUUUCUUGACCAGCAUGAUAGUAAGCCCGAAUGGGCCAUUGCACUGUGUGUGGUUGCUGUAUGCUGUGCGGUCUCCUUCUUCUCAAUUGGGCUUGGCCCAAUAACAUGGGUGUACUCAUCAGAGAUAUUCCCAAUGAGGUUACGGGCCCAAGGGUCGGGCUUGGCUAUAUCUGUGAAUCGGCUGGUGAGUGGGAUGGUGUCCAUGACAUUUCUCAGCAUUUCCGAGCAAAUAACAUUUGGGGGCAUGUUUUUUGUUCUCGGUGGGAUCAUGAUACUUGCUACGAUUUUCUUCUACUGCUUUCUGCCAGAGACAAAAGGUAAGAGCUUAGAGGAAAUUGAAGCGCUGUUUAAAGAUGACGAGGCUCACUGAAGCUCACUUCAAGGCUUUGCUUGAAAUAAAACCCAGCCUUCACAAACCAAAGUAGUGGUUGCCACAUAAAAAAAAAGAAAAAAAGAUACAAAAGUGGUAUGAAAUGUGGAUAAGUAAAGAGAAUGAAACAAAAAAAGUUGCAGUUUUUAUUAUUUUAUGGUGAUGUGGAAAUCACUGUCACUGUAUCAACUAUCAAAUUGUAAGUGUGAUUGCUCAUGAUAUUCUUUGGACAAUUCUUGUACUUCUGCAAGAGUGGAUAAUAUAUAGAUUUUUCCAUUC